AUUGAAAGCUUACGUUUAUAUGUUCGCUCAUUGUCGUACAGGUUGUUUCAGUUCAUUCAAGGUGCAAAUUUAAGCUUUUCUCGUAUCUAUAUGACAAAGCAAGUUUUGACUAGCAUUGUCCCAGGAGCUGGUCCUCUUCACUCAUCGGCAUACUUUGUUAAGUUCUACUUGCCUGAUAAGUUCCAGGCCGAUCCACCUCUUCCCCUUCCGGAGCUAAACCUUCAACCUGAUCCAUGGACCAGCCAUUGCAUUGCUGUUAGGAAGUUUUCAGGAUUUGCAAGACACAGCAACAUUGUUAAAGAAGCUGGGAAACUGGCUCUGAGCUUGAGUAGAUCUCCAUGGGCAAUCUCCACUGCUUCUACAAGUGAACUUGCUUACUCUAUAGCGCAGUAUAAUUCUCCCUUCCGGAUUAAUGGGCGUGUCAAUGAAGUGUGGGUGGAUGUCACUCGAUCUCGAGCAAAUGGUUGCGAAUCCAAUCCAAUUGUUGCAUACUGA